AUGUUGAAUGUAGAGGAUCGUUUCAAUAUUGAUGCCUUUGGUUCAACGAAUCGUCGUAAUCAGAAGAACGAGAGUGAUUGUAAGAGUUUUAGUUAAUUUUGUGUUGAUAAUAUACUAUUUUUAACUAUUUAUUUGCUUUUUUUAUCUAAAGUUAUGAUUUUUAAAUUUUCUACCUAAAAUUGAAUAAUUUGGUUUUUUUUUCUUACUUUUGAGCUAAUUACGUUGUUUUAGGUAACACUUUGACAAUCCAUAGUUGCUCAAUUUGUAAUGAAUUCUGUUUUUUCAGCGUCAAAAUUCAGAAGUCGAGAUAACAAGAGUCGGAAGCCAGAGGCUCACUCUUAUACAUUUGAUGUAUUUCUGAAACGAAUUGAAAGUGAUCAGAGAAGAGAGACCGUGUCCAGACCGACAGCCAAUAACAACAUCGUCAUGUCUCAAGCCUGGAGUCCUCAGUUACCAUGUUCUCCUACAGCAGUCCACAAGUAUCAAGACGAACUGGAAGAGUUGUUUGCUGAUCAGCUAACUCAAGUUGUUGGAAUUCCCAGGGUUGCCAAGGUAAGGUUUUAUAUAUUUUUUGGAGGUGUUUUAGUAUGGUUCCGUUGACGUAUGGAUCAUGAUUUGCUAUAGUAUUUAUGUUAUUUAACUGUUUUAAAGGUUUUCGGAUAUUGUUUUUAAUGUUAUUUUUGGUAACACUUGUUAAGAUCCUAAACUAAUAUGAGAUUAUAAUACUUUUCUUUCAGUACGGUAUCUUUAAAUUCUACUUUUUUGACGUUCGAGAUGUUGGGGAGCCGAUUCGAAUGAUGUUUCACUAUGUCAACGAGCCCUUUGAAGACAUUCGGGUCAAAGAUUCUGAUUGGCUGGCGAAGUACAGUAAGUUUAUACUUUUAUACCUAUUUUUCGUUUUUUAGACUUAUUGUUUUGCAAGUUUUGUUACUUAUUAUGUCUAUAUUUUCAGAAUCCGAACUCAAGUCAUUGCCAAUGUUGGAUCACAAUGGAUUUGUGCUUCACAAAGCUCUUCCUAUCGCUAAGUACGUAGCUGACAUCUUUGGUAUGUGUUAUGUAGUAAAUUUAGCUUAUUUUGGGUUGUGAAAAGUAUAGAUUUUAUCAGAAUUCAAAUAUUUUUAUAAUGUUUUAUCGUUAGAUUAUUCAUUUCAGGUCUUGUGGGUAAAGACAGGAAGGAGAACGCUGUGAUCGACGAGUUUAUGGAGAUUCAUUUUGAAGCCAUGAAUGAUUUCCAGUCCUUUUUGAAGGUACUCUCGGAAAAAGACGAACAUGACAAGGUAAAUGUUCUUUUACGUUUUGUUAUUUUAAUUCAAAAUGCUUUUUUGUCUAAGCUUUGUGAUAAAAAACGUAGUUUAUGUAUUUUCUAGAGUUUUAAUUAAAAAAACAAUGAUUAUGAUUGGCCUUUACCACAAUAAGUAAUGUUAUAUCUGUUUUCAGAAACAGUUCAUCGAAGAAAUGGGGAUUCCUCUUGUAAAGCGCUACUUCUCUGUAUAUUCCACUGCUGUCCUUCGAGAAAAUUCAAGUUUCCUGGUUGGAACAUCUCCAACCUUUGCCGACUUUUAUGCCACCGACUUACUGGACAGACUUUACACGACUGCGCCUUCUCUUUUCGAUGGAUACGCAGAUUUGGUUGGAUACUUUAAAGGUAUUAUUGGUAUGAAAGACUUUGCUGAGUAUCUUCAGCAAAGAAAAAACUUCAGUAUUUAA